AGGGGAGGAGAUGGUUUCCUCCGUCCCCGCCCCCACGCGCCUCUUCCCUGCCCCUCUAGGCCCCGCCCGUUCCCAGCGCUGCGCGCCUCUUUCCCCUGCUGGCCUCCGCCUCGCUCCGCCCCGCCCCGCCUGCUUGCGGCUGGCUCAGCCAAUCGAGGCGCAGCCGGUAGCCGCGGCGCUCGCGCAGCUCCUUCAGUGCCUUGGCUGGGUGUGUGCGUGUGUGACCGGCCGACCGGCGCGCGCCCCGCUCCGCCGCUUGUCCCGUAGCUGCCCCUGCCUCCGUCCGUCCCCUCAUCGUCGCCGCGAGCCCCGAACACUUUUUGAAAAUGGCAGAAGCCCAUCAAGCAGUAGCAUUUCAAUUUACAGUAACUCCAGAUGGGAUUGACCUGCGAAUGAGCCAUGAGGCUCUCAGACAGAUCUAUCUUUCUGGUCUCCAUUCCUGGAAAAAGAAGUUCAUCAGAUUCAAGAAUGGAAUUAUCACAGGCGUGUAUCCUGCUAGCCCAUCCAGUUGGCUUAUUGUAGUAGUGGGGGUGAUGUCAACAAUGUAUGCCAGAAUUGAUCCUUCUUUAGGAAUAAUAGCUAAAAUCAACCGGACCCUUGAUACAACUGGUUAUAUGUCCAACCAAACGCAGAACAUUGUGAGUGGGAUGCUUUUUGGCACAGGGCUGUGGGUAGCCCUUAUUAUGACAAUGCGAUACUCACUGAAGAUGCUGCUUUCCUAUCAUGGAUGGAUGUUUGCUGAACAUGGCAAACUUUCCUCAGCAACCAAGAUUUGGAUGAGGCUGGUAAAGCUUUUCUCAGGUCGUAAACCAAUGUUGUACAGCUUUCAGACAUCUCUUCCACGACUGCCGGUCCCAGCUGUUGAAAACACUGUAAACAGGUAUCUGGAUUCAGUUCAGCCACUUAUGAAUGAUGAACAGUUCAAAAGAAUGGAGGGUCUUGCCAAAGAUUUUGCAUUUAAUCUUGGACCAAAACUACAGUGGUAUUUGAAACUGAAAUCCUGGUGGGCCACAAACUAUGUUAGCGACUGGUGGGAAGAAUAUAUCUACCUUAGAGGACGUGGGCCAAUUAUGGUUAAUAGUAAUUACUAUGCAAUGGACUUUCUGUAUGUUGUUCCCACUUCCCUGCAGGCAGCUAGAGCAGGUAAUGUUAUCCAUGCCACCCUGCUCUACAGGAAAAAACUGGACAGACAGGAAAUCAAGCCAAUUCUUCUGAUGGGAUCCACUGUUCCACUCUGCUCAGCUCAGUGGGAGCGAAUGUUUAAUACCUCCCGUAUCCCAGGAGAGGAAACAGACACUAUCCAGCACAUGAAGGACAGCAGACACAUUGUUGUGUAUCAUAAGGGCCGUUAUUUCAAAGUCUGGCUAUAUCAUGAUGGUAGACUGUUGAAGCCUCGGGAAAUUGAACAGCAGAUGCAGAGAAUUCUAGAUGACAGUUCAGAACCUCAGGCUGGAGAAGAGAAGCUAGCAGCUCUUACUGCAGGAGAUAGAGUACCCUGGGCUAAGGCUCGUCAGGCCUAUUUUGGACGCGGAAAGAACAAGCAGUCCUUGGAUGCUGUGGAAAAAGCAGCUUUCUUUGUGACUUUGGAUGAAACUGAGCAGGGCUACAGGAAAGAGGAUCCAGUGACUUCAAUGGAUACAUAUGCAAAGUCUCUGCUGCAUGGCAGUUGUUACGACAGAUGGUUUGACAAAACAUUCACUCUUGUAGUGUUCAAGAAUGGCAAAAUGGGCCUGAACACAGAGCAUUCUUGGGCAGAUGCUCCUAUUGUUGGACACCUUUGGGAGAAUGUUAUGUCUUCUGAUUGCCUUCAACUGGGCUAUACAGAGGAUGGUCAUUGCAAAGGAGACAUCAAUCAAAAUAUUCCUUUCCCCACCAGACUACAGUGGGAAAUCCCAGAAGAAUGCCAAGAAGUGAUUGAGAGGUCCCUGUGCACUGCGAAAUCUCUAGCAGAUGAUGUGGACUUUUAUUCUUUUCCCUUUGAUACUUUUGGAAAAGGGUUAAUCAAGAAAGCCAAAAUAAGCCCUGAUGCCUUUUUGCAGCUUUCCCUUCAGCUUGCUCACUAUCGGGACAUGGGAAAAUUUUGUUUAACAUAUGAAGCCUCUAUGACCCGCCUGUUCAGAGAAGGCAGGACAGAAACAGUGCGCUCAUGUACUACCGAAUCGUGCAAUUAUGUUCAAGCCAUGGAAGAUCCAACCCAAAACAAUGAAAAGAGGUGUAAACUACUCAGGAUUGCUGCUGAUAAACACCAGCACUUGUAUCGCCUUGCCAUGACUGGUGCAGGCAUUGACCGCCAUCUGUUCUGCCUUUAUGUGGUGUCCAAAUACCUUGGUGUUGAGUCUCCUUUCCUUAAGGAAGUUUUGUCAGAGCCUUGGAGGUUGUCAACAAGUCAGACACCACAGCAGCACAUUGACCUGGAGAAGAACCCUGAGUUUGUAUCCAGUGGCGGAGGCUUUGGACCUGUUGCUGAUGAUGGUUAUGGUGUGUCUUACAUUUUUGUGGGUGAACACCUCAUCCAUUUCCAUGUGUCCAGCAAAUUCUCUUGUCCUGAGACAGAUUCUCAUCGUUUUGGAAAAAACAUCAAGCAAGCAAUGGCUGACAUCAUCACUUUAUUUGGCGUUGGUAUGAACUCCACCAAGUGAUUCCCUAAUAUCAAUGCCAGUGUCCUACCAUUGGGAACCACAUUUCUAAAAACCACCAUUUUGCUGUAUAAGUCACCGAAGAUAACUGCUGCAUCUCAUGCACGUUUUCUCCGGGACUCCAGGGAAUGUAGCCAUUAUCUACAUACAAACCUGUUGGGCAAUCCAUAGACUGUCUGCAGAUAAGGAACUGCAUCUUGUCUACCCUCAUGCUUAAAGCAGCACCCACCACAUUUCCAAACAUCUUUAAGGGGAAAGGAUUAAGACAGCCAAAUGGUAAUGCCAGAAUGGUGAAAUCUAGCAUUCUCUGGUCUCUGCCUGGAGCGGCUCUGGGUAGGGCCGGGGGGAAUCAACACACAGUUAAUGAGGAAAGCAAAUGAGGAGGGAGAAAGGGAGGGGGGAAAAGCAGCAGUACCACUCAAAAAGGUAUAUAAUGGAAAUUUUAAAAGCAGAGUAAAGAAACCUUCACAGUUCAUGGUUGCUAUGAAAUUAAAUGAAGUAGCUUUUUGUGAUGCCUCUCUUCCCUGGGAUUCAAGGUUAUGUUCCUAUUAGACAGUCUUUAUAUCACACAGAGCCUAAGCAGCAUAAAAUGUGGCAAGUACUUGUCAGAGCAACUGUAUAUAAAAGGAUCAUGUAACAUAUACAGCGGUGGUCAGUACAAAAAUGACUGCUGCUCCAAGGCUAUAAUAACAUUAACAGCCCUGUAAAGGAAACUGUCUAAAUUUAUCUUUAGAUUGAGAAUAUGAAUAUUUUCUGACCCUUAUCUUGUUUUGACUCUGCCACAUAAAUUUUUUUCCCUCUGGGUUUCACACGAAUUUGAUACACAAGUUUGUGAAGAGGCCCUGCUGAAGAUCACAGAUGCAUAGUCAUGUAAAUAUUGUAAUGCGGGAACCUGACAGAAGUGAGCCAGAUAAUUUUUAUUGGGUCAAAUACAGUGUGCAGGCAAAAAGAUUAUCAAAUAAGCCUUACUGCAAUUGGCAGGCAUGGCAUCUAAUCAGACUAUUGCAGCAACUUCACAGUGAAUUGUCCUUUUGGAGCUGCAGAAAUCAUGCACUAUUUAUAAUAACCACUGACCAAUCUGUAUUAAACUAACAUUGACAUAUUAGCUUGUAGGAGAAUUUUUUAUUAAGAAAAUAUUUAGGUUUGACUCUCAGGUUUUAAAUGUUACAUAUGUAAUUGUAGGUAGUGCAGUUAUCAAUGCAACUUUACAUUCCUUAAGAGAGUGUAAAUAUAAUUGGCACAGGAAGAGUUUGUUUUUAUUGUACAUGUUGAAAAGGAUGAUAAGUCUUACGUAUUUUUUAUUUGGCGCAGAUAACUUCUAAACAUUGUUUGUAUUUCAUUUAUCUUAGAAUGUCAACUGCAUGUAAAUAAAAAUGUGCUCUUUUGGAUGUAAAUCUUAAAAAUGCACAGUGAAUGUAGGUUAUCAUUAAUUAAAAAUUUUUAAUCUUUCUAUCCUCUACAUUAUGUACACACAGUGAAACUGCUCACUUUUGUUUGCGUAAAUUGUAUGAAAGUGACAGUUUACCUCUGAUUUUUUUUUUAGUGUGGUACACAUAAUACUAAGAAGCACGGCCAAGUUAAAAUAUUGUGUGUAUAUUUAGAAAAAUUCUUGAUUGGUUGAUUCUCAACCAGUGAUUUAAGGAGGACAAAGCUAAGGUUGAGUAGGCAAUAGAAUUUGGUAGGGAUUAUAGUAAAUCAGUUGUUACAUGGCACUGAGGAAUUGGCUGGACAACUCAAUUGUGCAUUUCCAGAAUUUCUAAUAUUUAGCUUUUUGGUGUGAUUUGGGAGACUUAAUAUUUAGGUGUUAACACUUACUCUGAUUGAUGGCCCUAACUAUUUUUAAAGUUUUUUGGGUUUUUUUUUUUUUGUUUUUGGUGGGAAUAUGGAUUAGGGUGUCUGAUUUUAGCCCCACAAGUUUAAAAAAGUUCCUAAUUUAUUAUGCUUUGUACCAUAUUGAUUUCCUAUAUCAGAUUUACUAAUUUAUACUGGUUUUAUCAUGCUCAUUUACUCCACUUGUACUAUCGUUGCAUCAGUUAUUUACAUCUAACACUUCUAGUUUGUUUAAUUAUAUUUGUUCUGCCUUUCUAACUCUGAAAAAUAAAAAUUAAGGGUUUCACAAUUAUCACUCA